ACGGAGGGAGCAAGUCCAGUUUCGAAAUUUGAAACGCCGGGCGCGAUUCGAUUUUGAAAUUUCGAACGGUGGAACCACGUCGUGAGUGAGAAGAAGUCGGUAGUGUCAUAGUGACUCUUAAGUGACGUCAUUGUAAGUGCGGCAGGUUGGGUGAGCCGAGUUUGACCGUUUCUCGUUUGUCAGUACGGAUAGAAGAAGCCCAGGCAGUGGACGGCUGUUGGGAAUGGCUUCGAAGUUGUGACGUUUUUUGCGUAGUUGACAGAGAAAGAAGCCGGAAAAGGUCGACGAGGUCAAGUGUUGAGGUCAAGUGAUCAAGAUUGAGUUUGGAAUCGCGGAGGCUCGUGGUUAUGCUGAAACGGGAUCGGAGUUGCAAAAUCGGCUCUUGGGCACAACGAUGAUGAUGGCGUGAAACGGCAAUUGCAGUUUUUGCGAAGUGACAAGUGAUCAUCGUGGUUGGCGUUCGUAUAACGCAACCCGCCGCACCUGUGCAGCUUCGCGUCCCUGAGAAGGCUGGAAAAUAUAUAUUUCGAACACGGAUCGACACGAACGUAAAAGCGACCGACUACCUGUUCUCGGAUUUUUGCCCCGACUUACUACCUGAGCCAAAGGCAUCGACACCAUGGGGAACCAUCCGUCCGCCCACCAACCGCUCGAAAGAGCCACAACCCACGCUGGAAACACUCUCCGAAUAUCGAAACGGGAGAGAUCGCCAGGGAAGAGAAUGGACCGGCUGCGUCGAAGUUUCCGGGACAGUUUCCGGCGGCGAAAGGACCCUCACGUCCCGGAGUCGAGCAAACCGCAUCAGUGGCAGGCAGAUGAAAGCGCAGUACGCUCGGCCACCUGCGUAUUCCACGUCAAGUAUCUGGGAUGCGUCGAAGUUUUUGAAUCCAGAGGAAUGCAGGUUUGCGAAGAGGCUCUCAAAGUGCUUAGGAAUUCUAGGCGAAGGCCGGUUCGAGCAGUGCUUCACGUUUCUGGUGAUGGACUGCGAGUCGUUGAGGAUGAAACGAAGGGAUUGAUCGUCGAUCAGACAAUUGAAAAGGUGUCUUUCUGUGCCCCAGAUCGUAACCACGAUAAAGGCUUCAGUUACAUUUGUCGAGAUGGUACGACGAGGCGGUGGAUGUGUCACGGGUUCUUGGCGCUCAAGGAAUCGGGUGAACGUUUGAGUCAUGCCGUGGGUUGUGCCUUCGCUGCUUGUUUGGAACGGAAACAGCGUAGGGACAAAGAAUGUGGAGUAACGAUGACGUUUGAUCCGAAAAAUUCGACAUUCACGAGGAGUGGAAGUUUCAGACAACCGAGCUUGACCGAACGGUUGCAGGACUCGCACGAACGAGCAGUUGAUGUUCCUCCGGUAAAGCAGGUCUUUAACCCAUUCGCGAUCGAACGACCUCACGCCACACCCUCGAUGCUUGAACGCCAAGGUUCCUUCAGGGGUUUCACCCAGCUGAACCAGGCUUCGCCGUUUAAGCGUCAACUCAGUCUUCGAGUUAACGAUCUUCCCAGCAAUCUAGAACGCACUCGAAGCCACAGCCUCGAACCUACGGAUCUCGCUCGAAUGCCACCCACCCUUCCUCACAAUAUACCGCAAAAACCUCCAGUGAGUCCAAUCCCGGAGAUAUCGCCCGGAGGUCAAGAUAGUGUCUCAGCGAUGUGUCAGCAGCUCUCUCGAGGGCUUUCCCUUCUCUCGAGCAACGACGAUUACAACGGGUCAACGCACAUAUCUUCCCGAAUCAGUUCAAAUUCCGUCUCAAAACAGCUCUUCAGUACAAUGACGCCUCCAGUGAGCAACAGCAAUUCAUUCGAAGACACGAAGUUGAACAAUAACAUAAACAACAACAACAUCAACCAUGUUGGUCCCAGUUGGCAGGACGAACCGACUCUCACCAAUUCUAGACUUACGCCAAUUCUCAAUAGAAGCUGCAACCUGAGUCCAGUUCUUCCGAGGACUUCCGUCGCACCAGCGAUGAUGAGCACUCCGGGUUCGACGUCCACUGUGGGUGUCUUCGGAACUCCACCAAACGCCAGUCCUGCGUUCAGUUCAGCCUCGACAUCGUCACUUGGUGGAAACACAACCACUCCUUCGUUGAACCGAUCUCCAGUACCUCUAAACUCGGUCACACCGUUGAAUCGGUCGCCAAAUUCCAGCCUACCGUCUACUUCCCCCAUUCCCACAACUGGCGUUCCGAUCGCCGCCACCAAUACCAUACAAUCUGUUUCACAGUUACAGCCAGUCGCCACAGCGGCGAAUCUUCCUAAGCCUGAACAGUGGUUGGGAAGUGUGACUGGCGCUGUUUCUCCUGUACCGACAAGUCCUAGACGAGCACCAGCGCUUCAUUUAAGGGCGCAUUCGUUGGGCUCCGCUGCUGGAAGUCAGGCCUUCUCGUCUCGAGGAGGCCCUGCGGAUCCGUUUGAUGCUGAAUGGGCCGAAAUCGCAGCUCGGAAUCUUCAACAAUCGACAACAAAUCCGUUCAUAAUGUCGAAUGCAACGCAAGCUUUCCAAGUCCAAUUGUAGCGUCGAGAAUUUUCUGAUAGCGUCGCUAAAUACUAUCAGACUAACACGUAGUGACGGCUUCUUGUGCGUUCGCACUCUGAACGGCUGCGCGAUAGAAAGUAUUACACGUAAAUUAAUCGCUUGUACUUAUACCGGUGGUUUUCUGCUACUGUUGCUACGCAGUUCGCGAAUAAUCGUGAAUGCCAAAUUGAUAAACAAAUUUUGUGUUGUCUACAGGUUCUCACUAUUUAAAUUUUAUUUUGCCUUUGAUAUGUUGAAAGGCGUUACAAACAAAAAACACAAUUUGUAGGCAGUUAGAAUUUUAAAAACUCAGUUUUCCAGUAAUAGAUCGGUCAUGCGAAAUCUCUCUUAGCCACGUUCGAUUUCGAUGAAAUUUCUACCGUAGGUACAUUCAAUAUCAAUGAACUAAAAUUUUCAGUUCAGAGUAAAUUUGAGCGAGCAUGUAGUUCUGGAGCUACAAGCAAUUCAAUUGAAAAUUGAAAUUCAAUUCAAAAACCGGGAAGCAAAGAAAAGAUCAGAAGAAGGUGAAAAAUCUGAAGCCUUGGGGUUUGGCGAUCCGAUUGUGAAUCUUAUGAAUCUUAUGGCUCACAGUGAUUUUUACAGACGUGCAAUUACUGGAAAGCCGAUAUGUUAGAGAAUUUAAAGCUUCACAAAUAGUGUUUUUUACGGUGCCCUACGACAUACCAACGGUAUCAAUGAAAUUAAUAAUGGUGAGGGUCGUGCCAGGUCAAAAUUGUCUGGUAUACCCCGUAUGCAUAUAUAUCGACGUAACAUGUAAUUUUGAAAAGUUUAUAAAUGUUUGCGCACAAGUAAAGGGUAUACAUUAUGGCAAAUCAGACAGCGAAACAGUGUAGAAGCCAGGAAUGAUAAAAGUCUGCAUAUUUUUCGUUGUUAAAAGUUGGUUGACGCCAUCCAGUCUGUGUCAAUUUUCUAUGAACGGUUUAGUUUAUUCAAUGUUGGGACUUUCUAAGGCUCAAUUAUGUCCAUUUUUAUGGCGAACUUUCCAUUCGCAAUUUUUAUGUGCCUAAAUUUUAUAUAUUUUCAACCUCGUUCAUACGGAUUACCAUUCGUUUAUUUUGGUAUAAUAUCGUGAUGUGAGGUAUCGAUCUCACGGGUUGCAGGGUUGAUGUUUAUAUCAUUGCAGGAUUAAAGCAAACUUAAUAAUUAGUAACGUAUAUCACGGUGAUAAUUCCGCGGGCUGAUUCAAGUUCAUCGCGGAUAUUUAUGCCCGCCACUUGCGAUAUGUUUUAGUAUUAUCAAUGGGAGUCGUAUCUCCAAGUCUUAAUUAUCAUAUCGAUGUAAUGAAAAGUAGCGUGACAAUUAUUCAGGAUGAAUGAUUCGUAUCGUCUGGUUCAGAAAUUAAGAAGUGAGAAAAAAAUCGUUUUCUAAGUCUUUAGUGAAGUCAUUUGCGUUGAUGGUGCUGAUCGCAUAUGAGACAACACUCUUACUGUGCAAUAGAAAUGGUUCUGAGCGGAUUCCAAU